AUGAAAACGGCCCUUCUUUUUGUUUUCUUUUGCGUCGUCACGACUAUUUUCGCCGAUGAACUCAGCAAGUUCAACGGCCUUCGUAAAAAAUUUGCUGAAGAUAAUGGAAUCCCAAACAUGUGGGCGUUGAGAUACAGCAAGAUGUUAUUGGAUAUCGCCGAAUCCAUUCCAUGCCCAACCGAACCAGGCGCUGACUGGCGUUACUACUACACCAUCGGAGGAAAGAACGGGGCAGAGUUCAAUAGGCACUUGUUUCAAUGGUUCGAUACAUACAAGAAAACCAAUGCUUCUAUGGUGACCGCCCAAGUCAAGCAAUGGGAGAAAGGAACUGCUUAUUUUUUGGAAUACGUGAAUCCAACUCAAACUGAAAUUGCAUGUGUUGAUAAACGGUGUUAUAUUAAGUCGACAGAUCUCAAACUGACAAUUCACUAUAAAAGAAUGUGCUUGUUUGGACCAUACAACAACAUUGGAAUGACAGUGCCGAUUGCUCAGUCCUCUAAAAGACUCCCUGGAACGCAGUGUGGACCAAAUGGCGAACGCCAGGACAGACUGUGCGUUCCGAAAUAA